UCGAAAAACUGGGCUUCGUCAAUUAAGUGAUGAGAGACUGAAUACCUUUUUUUAAGCACUUCUUGCGGCAUCUCUAAGAUUGUAUCUUUCGCAUUCAUACAAUUAUUAUUUUUUCGAUUUUUUUUUCCGGCUCGGUAUAUCAUUUGAUUCAGAUGAAUCGAUACCGGAACGCACCAGGCAUCAGAGGCCCUACCAAGGCGACUGCCAGUACUCUGUGUCAGAAAUGCUUGAAACGAGGACACUACAGUUAUGAAUGCACGGUAUCUGCACAGGAACGGCCAUAUACAACUCGACCUUCUCGCACACAACAACUGCAAAACCCCAAUUUGCGACCGAAGCUGACGACUAAUGUUCCAAACGAAUUGUUAGGGUCGAGAGGUGUCGCCGAUGAGAUAUUAGCAAGACGAGGAGAGGAACGGGUUCGCAAGAGGGAGCUAGGGGAUUCAGAUCCAUUUGAUGACAGUCAUCAUGCACCGAAGAGGAGUAGAUCAGAGUCAUCCCACUCAAUGUCGUCCGUCUCAACGAUAUCGACCAGUCGAUCGCAUUCAGUCUCGCCGCCACGGCAUGAAGUUUAUACUGAAAGUAGGGGGCGAGACCGAGCACAAUCAAUGUCGUCGCCUCAACCACAUUCAAGAAAGAGACGAUACAGUGACUCAUUAUCCGACCAUAGUGACUCUUCUUACUCUUCCGGUGGGCGACAGCGCUCUCGAUCGAGGGAAUGGGAGACAGACAGAAACACAAGACGAAGACGUCGGGAAUCUAGCCCUGAAGAGCGUGGUCGACCUAGGAACAUCUCUGAAGACGGCAGCCGGAGGGGUAGGACACGAAGCCUAAGUAUGGAUCAGAGUCAAAUUGCCAAAGAAAGGCGGUCGGCGACUCCAGAUACAGUGAAGGGACGGCACCAUCCAACAAGAGAGUCGAGGGGAAACAUGAGCCGGUCUAGGCACCUGGACCGCCAGCGCAAUCACGCCUUCAGCGGACCUAUGUCCGGUUCAGCGCGAAAGGAAAGAAGCCUCAGUCCUUACAGUAAGCGUCUAGCGCUGACUCAGGCCAUGAACAUGGAACGCUGAGUCGGAAUCAAUUAAGUCGAGUAAAGCAGAGUUUGGAGAUUUUCCUCUCGGCCGUUCGACCGAAUUGGAAAUAUUGUUCUUUCUUGACCCCAGCCAGUAAUGUACUAUAGUAAUACAGAAGAG